AUGGCGGAUGAUGAUACCAUCCUUUUUGUUGAAAACUUAGUUGAGGUUCUUGCAAAGUAUGACCACACUGAGUACUAUUACAUUGGUUCCAGUUCGGAAUGUAUUAUGUCUAACUUCGAUUUUUCCUUCGAUAUGGCGUUUGGCGGCGGUGGUUAUGCUUUGAGCUACCCGUUGGUGGCAACAUUGGCAACAAAGUUGGAUGAGUGUAUUGAGAGAUAUCCAUACUUGCGGGUCAGUGAUUUUAUGUUACAUUCAUGUUUGGCUGAUUUAGGAGUCGCUCUAACUCAAGAAAAGGGGUUUCACCAGAUCGAUCUCCAUGGUGACAUAUCAGGUCUUCUAUCAUCUCAUCCACAAUCUCCUUGUUAG